AUGGCCAAUGCGGCGGAAGCUGCGUCGUUUUACGCGCAUUUCCCGCAGCAGCUAGAGGGUGUGUGCAGUGUGCGCCUAACAGAAGCAUUACAGAAUAUUGUGGCGGAGGCAAAGGAUACACGCUCUGAUCUUGUAGUCGAUGCCAUUGUCGAUGCUCGGAGCACAUUGCAAAGCGCCGCGCCUUUUCUUCCUACUUACGACUUGCAGCGCUACGAGCAGACUCUCGGUGCAAUCCAGCGGCAGAGAGCGGAGCAGGGAAAAAGCGCGCGGGGUGCAUUUCGAUUUCGCCGCACAGAGCGCGCUCCACGCCCAGCUGAACAGCCGCGCACCGCAGCACCAGCGUCCGAGCGCAGCGCAGUGCGGCGCGGCUUGCGCUUAGGACAGUCUGAUUUUACGCAUGACGGCGCGUUGCAGAUCACAGAGCUGGAUACGUGUAUUGUAGAUAUUGACACGGUUAGCGCCGUGCAUAUACAGAGCGUCGCGGAUUGCGUGCUUCUUCUUGGGCACGUCCAGGGCAGCAUUCUAGUGGAAGAGUGCGCACGGUGCGUCGUGGUAGGAAGCGCACAGCAAGUACGCCUCUUUUCGUGCACUGCCCUUGCAGCGCUAAUCGAUACGCCUAGCACCGUGACUUUGGAGAGGUGCGACCGAAUACAGAUCGGCGCCCAUGUCCGCGACGCGCCGCCGCCAGUGCAAGAUUUUAGCGUUGCGUUUGGCGGCGCGAGCAAGCACUGGUCCUAUCUUUCUGCGCCACUGCACGAGCGUCUGAUGGCCUCGAUGGAGCGCUCAGAACAGGCCGUGCAGGACGCCGUGCGCUCGGCGACGCAUCUUGUAGUAUAA